UGCAUACAUACAUGCAUGUACAUGUACAUGUACAUGUACAUGUAUAUCACAGACAUGCUGCAUGCAAAUCCAGCCAGAAAUAUGGCGCACAAUUUAGAUUUAGCGAGCGGAGCUUGGCAGACAGUUACCACCAGAUUACUUGCUAGCAAUUACGUUGAUCUACGAAAGCAUGGAGAGGCCUCAACACCUGAUGCUGUCACUAACACUGCACAAGGCAUGCGAGAUACAGACGUGAAGGAUGACAUCAGGAUUGCCUAUGGUAUGCUCACUGAGCAAGGCAUGGCGAACCUCCUGGAAGAAUGGUUCAUGGAAACACUACAGCAAACACUACAAAAGGAAGUAAUCCCCCAGUUCUGGUCACACUUCUCUCUACAUCACAGCCCCCCUGGCAAAUUAUCUCUGACUGAGGAUAGCCCUCUUGUUACUGCCAUUAACAUGUUGUACACAAGCAUGGCUCCAUUCAUGAACAGUGCAAGAACACUCAGUGAGUUAGCCGUAGAGACACAUCUGACCAAACGUGUAAAUUAUACAUACGUGAAAUGCACUGAACUUGUGGAAAGAAUCCAGACAGUAUUGAAAGCCAUACUUUUUGACCACACUCCCAAAUGUUUCCAAGGCCUGGUGCAUGACUUCUACAGCCAAGCAUUUCAAGCGUUUCAUGGUGAGAAGAAAGUGGUUGGUGACAUUAGCAUGAGCAGUGAAGAUGAUGCUGACUAUGAGGAGGAACAGGAAACAAUAGAGGAAGCAGAUGAUGACAUCACAUGUAUGGGAUGCCAUAACCUGCGUAAGGAGUGCAGUUGCUCAGGUGUACUUCGGUGUUUUCAUCAAAUCAAUUCAAAGUUACACUCCUUGGGCCUACUGGAAAGGGUGUGUGCAGAGGCUAUCACCUCCCUUAUCCAUGCCAAGAUCAAACAUCAUGUGGAAAACAAAUGCAGAGGAGAGUUUGAAACUUCUUACAUUGUCAAAUUAGAAAGGUGGUUGUCCAACAAAGUUGUGAGAUGGUUGAAUCUCGUUUUCUGUGGAGAGGAAUCACAACGCACAAUCGGCAGCAGCACGCAGCAAACACUGAGUCAGUGGAAAGACAGACUGCAGUAUCUCCUGUACCAAACCUACGCCAACCUUCGCAUCAGUGAACUCUUUAACAUCAUUGUGGAGUUCCCUGACUCUCUGUGUGCUUUGGAAGACCUGCAGAAGUGCUUGGAGAAGACAGACUUGAGGAGGCACCUGGUUCAGUCACUGCGUUCCUCAUUUGAGACACGCUUACUUCACCCAGGAGUGAACACCGAUGAUAUCCUGACUCAGUACAUUUCAUCUAUCCGUGCUCUCAGAGUGUUAGAUCCGUCAGGUAUCAUACUUGAGCUAGUUUGCCAACCUGUCCGAAAAUAUUUGCGGACACGGGAAGACACUGUACGUUGCAUUGUUUCCAGCCUGACAGAUGAUAGCAACAAAGAGCUAGCUGAGGAACUGAUUAAAGCAGAACCAGUCACUAUGGAUGAAAGUUACUGCAGUGAACAAGAAGAUGAAGACCACCAGGAUUGGCAACCUGACCCCAUCGAUGCUGACCCAGGUAGGAAGGCNUCUGACAUAAUCAGCAUGUUGGUCAACAUCUAUGGCAGUCGGGAGCUGUUUGUCAAUGAGUAUCGAGGUCUGCUAGCUGACCGUAUCUUGACAGGGUUCAACUAUGACACGGCCCGGGAGCUGCGCUAUUUAGAGUUGCUCAAGCUGUGCUUUGGUGAGUCUCAACUCCACCACUGUGAGGUCAUGCUAAAGGAUGUAGCUGAUUCCCGACGCUGCAAUACUCACAUCAGCUCACUCAAGAAAGAUGAGGAAGUUCUAUCUGAAGACACCAUGAAAGAUUUUGACUUCAAUGCCAUGAUUCUGUCAGCCCAAUUUUGGCCAAAUCUGAAAGAAGAAAAACUCAAGAUACCAGAGGAAAUAGAGAAAGCCAUGGAAGACUACACCAAGUCAUACCAGGUCUUGAAAGGCAUGCGUACCCUGAAUUGGAAAACCAAUCUAGGACUUGUCAAUUUGGAAUUGGAGCUGAAAGACCGCCGACUGAAAUUGUCGGUGUCGCCAGUACAUGCAACCAUCAUCAUGCAUUUCCAGGAUAAAGCUAAGUGGACCGUGGAUGAGUUGAGCGCCGUCAUGCAGGUGUCUGUCACAGCGCUGCGUCGCAAGAUGGCAUUCUGGCAGAGCCAAGGGGUGCUACGAGAGGAGAGUACAGACACGUUUGUGUUGAUUGAAGAGCAGCGAGCUGGACGGGCCAUGCAACAUGAGAUGAUUCUGUUGGACAGUGAUGAAGAAACAGAAUCUGCAAUGGCGUCAGCGCAAGACCAGCAAGAGGAGGAACUUCAGGUGUUCUGGUCCUACAUUGUUGGCAUGCUGACCAACCUGGAGUCGUUGAGUCUGGAUCGCAUCCAUUCCAUGCUGAAGAUGUUUGCCAUGCAAGGCCCUUCAGCCUCAGAAUUCUCAGAGCACAAACUACGUCAGUUCUUGGAUCGCAAAGUACGGGAGCAAAUGUUGGUAUACUCAGCUGGGGUCUAUCGCUUGCCAAAACCAGAGACAUGAAGGGACCCAAAGAAAAAAAUCUUGUCAGAGGCAGUGUACAUGAAUCAUCUGGGCCAGAAAUUACUGUUUAGCCACAUUGGACAAUUCCUGUUGUACAUUUAUCGCAAAGACAUUACUUACUGGUAUUUACUAAAUAAGCCCUAUUCGUGUAGGACGUUUUUAAUUUAACAAAAAAUACUGCAGCUUAGCAGAAAAAUGACUGAAAUAAGUCCAGUCGGAAUGCUCAGGAAAUGGAUGUCUCAGUUUUACAUCGGGUUUGUGGUAAAUUACCAGACCAAAAGUGGUCACAAACAACUUCUGCAGAGCUGUGGUAGAUAUGGGUGAAUCCUUUAGAAACCCCACCACUCUGUAAAACCUACACAGAAGCACUGUAAAAUGCCUUAUGUGAAGAAUAGUUCCCUGACUCCUUUGUAGAUACAUUUUGUUUGUGUAUAAAUUGCUAUUUUUGGUAGUGUGUUGCUAUGCAAUACGUACAUUUCCAUCAAGGCAGUUUUGUCUUUUGCGUCAUGAGAAUUAUGGCAUGUAUGAUCAAAUCCGUGAGAAACGUGACCAAAUUUCAUGCCAGUUCCACAAGUUCUGGUAGCAGUGGAAACAUCAAGGAAAUUUGAAGUUCCAUAAUGCAACCACUAAAACAGCAAGUUGCUGAUUAUUAUCAGCAUGCAGACAUACUUUUCAGACAGCAAUACUGUGCACUACAUGUACACUGCCAACCAUGCUUGGAGAACUUACCCUAAAGAUUAACAGGAAAUCAUGGUAAGUUUCCGCAAAAGCACAGAAGAAAAGUCCAACAGGAACCUGGCAGUGCUGUAACAAUAUUAUGCAAAUGUAGCAAGGACUGACUUCAUCAGCAGACUGCUUAAUUACAUGCUACAUGCAAUAGGUAGGGGGAUGGGGGGUAGAGGAAGGCUAUAUCUCAGAAUAUAAAGAGUCCCUGCUUGAGGUAGAUGGGACUGGCCUGACACUUUGUGGUGCUGUAAUACAUAGGCCAAUCUUGGAAAUCCUGAAUAGGGGCUUUUGUCAAAUAAUCUUGGAACCUUGUAAAGAACGCACAAGUCUUGUAGCUUUAGAUGAACUGUGUGCUUCAUAAUGCAGACUGCAGCACUGUCUUAGUAAUUCCUUCCUGGUACAAUAAAUGUGAAAAUUAUAUGCAACAAUUUGCAUCAUUCCGCA